GAGCCAGAUUAGGCUGCGUGAUUUUCUCGCUGCGUUGAAGACCCAUUGAGAGAGGGAGAGAGUACUUAUAGACUAUAGACGUCAGAUUGUGUUAGAUAAGCGGUAUAUUUACAUAUAAUUAUUAUAAGGUGUAUGCGGUCCAUGAGAUAAGCCAGACUAAACGUGAAACAUAGUUCCAAAAAAUGACAACUCAAUAUUUGUUUGGAUUAACAUUAGUAACUUUAUUGAUGCAGUAUGUUUCCUCAUCUGCAACAACACAGACGACAUUGAAGAGUAUUUUGACGCAUCCCACCACCCGUAAGCCUACUAGGCCUACUCCAGAACCUCAACUGUAUGACGAUAUUUAUUUCUCAUACUCCAAAUGGUCAGCAGAGCAUUUACUAAUGGCAUGGUUUCACCGUAAGGAUUGCUACGCAAUGCCAUUGUCUGAAACUGACAUUCAAACUAUUCAAACAACAGAUGGUUUGUCCAAAUUUGAGAUUUUUAUGCUUGGUCAAAUAAGAAGUAAUAAUUACUAUCUAUGGUCAGCUGACGAUCUUGAAGUUCGAAGCCAGUCAUGGGGAACGCAAUGUAGAAAAGCCGGCGGGAAGAUUUACAGAGUUUACUCAGUUUAAAGAAAUUUAUUCAUUCUUCUGAAUAUAUGAUGAUAUGCUUCUUA